UUGCGCUGUAAUUUCUUCAGUCCCUAGUCGGCGACCGCCCCCGCCCCCCACCCAGCUAGCCGCAGUGACUGGCACGCGCCGGGAGCCCGGGCUUGGGCCCCUCGGCGCGUCUGAUUGGCUGCUGGGCAGCUCCCGUCUGCUCUGCCUGCGCCCUCAUUGGGUAAGAAGCGCAGCCAGCGGCACUUCAAAGCGGGUGCUCCUCGCACUUAGGCUGAGUUUAGCCGGCGGGAGCCCGGAGUCCGCUCGGCGCGAGCGCGGGGACACGGGAGCCGCGCGGAACCUGAAUAGUUUUACCGAGCAGCCGCCAGGCUCAGCCUCGCUCCAGGCCCCGCCACGCCACCCAGGGACCUGCUAUGGCCACGUCUAUACUUGGGGAAGAGCCGCGCUUCGGAACGACCCCGUUGGCCAUGCUGGCGGCGACCUGUAACAAGAUCGGCAACACGAGCCCGCUGACGACGCUGCCGGAGUCGAGCGCCUUUGCCAAGGGCGGCUUCCAUCCCUGGAAGCGCUCCUCGUCCAGCUGCAACCUCGGGUCCAGCCUCUCGGGCUUCGCAGUGGCCACCGGCGGCCGCGGCUCGGGCGGCCUGGCGGGAGGCUCGGGCGCAGCCAACAGCGCCUUCUGCUUGGCCUCCACGUCCCCUACGUCGUCCGCUUUCAGCAGCGACUACGGCGGCCUCUUCUCCAACUCAGCGGCGGCCGCGGCGGCAGCGGCCGGGGUGUCCCCGCAGGAGGCGGGCGGCCAAUCGGCCUUCAUCUCCAAGGUGCACACGACGGCAGCCGACGGCCUGUACCCGCGCGUGGGCAUGGCGCACCCGUACGAGUCGUGGUACAAGUCAGGCUUCCACUCGACGCUGGCGGCGGGCGAGGUGACCAACGGCGCUGCGUCGUCGUGGUGGGACGUGCACAGCAGCCCGGGCUCGUGGCUGGAGGUGCAGAACCCCGCUGGGGGGCUCCAGAGCUCGCUGCACUCGGGCGCCCCCCAAGCCUCGCUGCACUCGCAGCUCGGCACCUACAACCCCGACUUCAGCUCGCUCACGCACUCGGCCUUCAGCUCCACGGGCCUCGGCUCCUCGGCCGCCGCCGCCUCGCACUUGCUCUCCACCAGCCAGCACCUGCUGGCCCAGGACGGCUUCAAGCCGGUGCUGCCCUCCUACUCGGACUCCAGCGCCGCAGUGGCGGCCGCCGCAGCCAGCGCCAUGAUCUCGGGCGCCGCGGCCGCCGCCGCCGGGGGGAGCUCGGCGCGCUCGGCCCGCCGCUACUCCGGCCGCGCCACCUGCGACUGCCCCAACUGCCAGGAGGCGGAGCGGCUGGGCCCGGCCGGGGCGAGCCUGCGGCGCAAGGGCCUGCACAGCUGCCACAUCCCGGGCUGCGGCAAAGUGUACGGCAAGACGUCGCACCUGAAGGCGCACCUGCGCUGGCACACGGGAGAGCGGCCCUUCGUGUGCAACUGGCUCUUCUGCGGCAAGCGCUUCACGCGCUCGGACGAGCUGCAGCGGCACCUGCGGACUCACACGGGCGAGAAGCGCUUCGCCUGUCCAGUGUGCAACAAGCGCUUCAUGCGCAGCGACCACCUGAGCAAACACAUUAAGACGCACAACGGGGGCGGCGGGGGCAAAAAGGGCAGCGACAGUGACACGGACGCCAGCAACCUGGAGACACCCCGCUCCGAGUCCCCUGACCUCAUCCUGCACGACUCCGGCGUCAGUGCGGCCCGGGCGGCUGCGGCGGCGGCGGCGGCGGCUGCGGCGGCAGCCUCGGCGGGAGGCAAGGAAGCCGCGUCUGGCCCCAACGACUCUUAGAGAUCCGGAGAGAGGCGCGAGGAAGCGAGCGAGCGAGUAGACAACGAAAGCGAGCGAGAGGUUCGGAGGGCAAACGACCGGGGGAUGGACGGGCGGGGGCUCCAGGGCCGCCCCCGGGCCGGCGCGAGGUGAUGCGGCACUCGGCUCGCGGACCGCCGCUCGCCGGCCAAGCCAGGAGCUCCCCUCUGCUGCCCGAGCCCAGACGAGAAUCGAACGCGUGUUCCAGGAACAAAAGCGAACCAACUUGCGACACAAACACUUUAAAAAACUACACACACACACACACACACACACACACACGCCGGAGACCUACAACCACAAGCACGCACACUCAAGCGUGCACACACACACUAACACACCACUCGCACAAACUUAUCGAGCGAAAAGCAAUACAUAGAAACGUUCCCUCCUCCCCCCACCGCCCACCCGGUUCCUCCACCCUUCUCUUUCCUUUUCUCCAAAAACAAGUCACCACCCUGCAAAGGACUGUCAGAACAUUUGAGAACAAACGGGACCUAUAAAAACAGACCCUUUGCGUGGAUUAUAUUAUAUAUAAAAUGCUCCAAGUCCUGCUUGAUAUCUACUUACAGUGAAACUUUUUUUUUCCUAUAAAAGGAAGCAUCAAAAAGGCUGAAGGUGAGAAAUUAAACUGGAAGUCCUAGUGACAGUUUCUCUGUAUUUCAUAACAUCUGUAAAAAUAGGGUUCAAAAGAUUGUGUUCUCUUUUAUUUUCUUGUAAGUGUUCAUUCGAAUAGAGUUGUUUUUUUUUUUUUUUUUUUGGUGAAUUCCUGAAAUUCAGGGAGGUUUUUUUUUUUUUUUUUCUGAUGCACUUUGUGAGAGUCAGUAUAUAUGUAAAAGAUAUUUAAAAUGUUGAGUUAUCAUUUCACUCACAAACACGUAAGUUAAGGUCAUCUAAAGAAAUUAAAUGCGUUUAUCUGUAUGAAGAAAAUCUUGACACCAUAUUUUCAUUUUGGUAUUAUUAAAGGACUCUGAACAAUACACUUUCUUUUUUUUUUAAAUCCUGUUACACACACACACCCCCACCCCCCACCAGUAACCUUUACAUGGCUCGACCUUUUUUGAUGGGAAAAAUUCCCUUAAUGUUAGUCUUAGGUAAUGUAAGGUUUAUGUGAGUUAUAAAAAGCCAUAAUACACAUAUGUUUUUGCAAAGUCAAAAUUAUUUAUUUGUAUAUUAACAGCAUAAAUUAAAUGGGGUUAUAAGGUGUAGUUGUAUUACUUAAGGAGAGAGCUCUCAAAAGGUGACAUUUUAAAACUCUGGAACCCCUUCGAAAAAGCAAAGGUCCUUGGCA